GCUGCCUUCUUCGCCUCCGAGACGGAGGCCUCCAAGAAGUACGUGAAGCUGCUCCCCAACGGCGGAAACGUCCCCAACACGCCCGCUAUCGGCCACACGGACGGCACGGGCGACGACGAAGCCACGAACGCCUUCGGUGACGCCUUCGCCGAGGCGGACUACGCGUGGACUAAGGCGUUGUGCGAGGCCGACUCGGACGGCGACGGCCAGACGAACGGCCAGGAGCUUGGAGACCCGUGCUGCGAGUGGACGGUGGGCGGGACGCCGCUGUGGACGACCGGCGUCUCGAACCCUGGCGACGCGUCUUCGACGUCCGACUCGAGCUUGUGGGCCACUGCCUGUGGCGCUACCACUUCGGGGACGGAGACCGCCACCACGGAGACUUCCCCC